GAACACGCGGACGUCGCUCUGUCGUUCGCGGUGGCUGGCUCGAACGGGACGACGUUUUCCAAGGAGCCCAUCGAAGCUCGUCAAAGACAGGCCGUCACCGAAGUGUCUUGGAUUACGUGAAGGGGGUAAUAUAUCGAUCGACGAAAUGGCAAACGUCCGACUGGCUUCAUGACAGGCGCCAUGACUGUUUCAUGACUGCUUCAUGACAAGCGCCGGCGCUGGUAUCAGCCGUGGUGUAAGAUACGCUUGGUGCGGAAGUAGUGCGGCCUCCUGGACAGUGGCAGUGGGCUCGGUGUCGGUGAACGGUGACCGGGCGCAUGCACUUCCACAAGGCCAGCCAUGGGAUCCAGCCAGAGCCAGCUUACAGCUGAGGAGCUGCGCGACUACAGAGAGCUGACAUUCCUUACCAAAAAAGAAAUCCUGCACGCCUUCAAGCGAUUCAAGGGCAUCGCCGUAGGGGAGGUGUUAGCCGACAAGCACGCCAGAAUUCCCGUCAAGUACAUCGAACAGAUGCCGGAAUUCAGGUGCAAUCCCUUCCGGGACCGGUUACUGCGGGUGUUCUCAUCCUGCAAGGAUGAACGCAUGUCCUUCGAGGACUUUCUGGACCUCCUGAGCGUGCUCUGCGAGGAUGCACCCGUCGACGUCAAGGCCGAAUACGCCUUCCAGAUAUUCGACAUGGACGACGACGGCGUUCUUGGCGAGGACGACCUCGCGGAGGUCAUCAAGCGACUGACGUCGUGGGACUCCGGGUGCCGACUGGAGACGCCCGACGUGCAACGACUCAUCGAGCAGGUUCUCGCCGAGGCGGACCUCGACCGCAGCGGUCACAUGUCACUCAUGGAGUUCCAGCACUGCAUGCUCAAGAAUCCCGACUUCGCAAGCUCUUUCAGCCUACGGCUGUGAACCGGCACUCCCACACCUGUGGCCGUCACGCAAGCCCCGCGCGGAGGUGUCGUGGUCACACGUGACUCCCGCGGCGGCGUCACGACCGAGCGGAGUACACGCAGCAUGGGGGACCCGCGAUGUCACCGCCGUCGAGAGCUGUCACAACGCACCCGCGACCUUCACGCCCCACGAUCUCCUUUUGUUUUCGUCGAUUAAACGGUAUCGACUUUCGAUGUGCA